AUGAGAGAACACAGCCGCAUCGAAGGUCCUCUCAAUCCCACGCAAGAAUGCCGGGAAACCCAGGGCCUGGCAGCCCGCAGUCCCGAGGCAGGCAGCCGCCGGCGCGCCGCCCACCCACCGCCCCCGCCCCUGCCUUGCGCGCCGCAGCCCCGGGUCCGGCGGGCGCGGGGAGCCGAGCGGACAGCGAGCGCGGCCGCCGCGGAGCCGGCACCUGGAGGCCAUGGAGGUGAGACGGUGGCCUUACCAAACCGGCCUCAGGGCCAGGAGAGAAAGCUAGAGGAGUCGCUCGCUAACCUGGAGCCAAGGUGGUGCGCCUCUGAACCACUGGAGGAGGACAGAUCGGCAGAGUCCGGCGCCAAUGUGGAUGACUCGGCGUCCCCCUCGGUGGCCCAGCUGGCUGGGCGGUUCACGGAGCAGGCUGCCGCUGCAAAGGAGACACCAGCCUGUAAACCGACCAGAAGGAAACCGCCCUGCUCCCUCCCUCUGUUCCCCCCCAAGGUAGAGCUGGGCCAGAACGGUGAGGAGAAAUCAUCACCCAAUGCAAGCCAUCCUCCUAAAAUCAAGGUGAAGAGCUCGCCUCUGAUUGAGAAGAUUCAGGCCAAUUUAGCUUUCGAUCCAGCGGCCCUGCUACCUGGGGCCUCACCCAAGAGUCCUGGACUUAAGGCUGCGGUGUCACCAUUCCAGAGCCCACCUUCCACCCCCAGCAGCCCUGGCGUGCGGUGUCAGGAGCCAGAGGAGGUGCCAGUUAGCUUUGACCAGCCUCCUGAAGGGAGCCAUCUGCCCUGUUACAAUAAGGUGCGGACGAAGGGCUCGAUAAAAAGGCGCCCUCCCUCCAGACGAUUCCGAAGGUCUCAGUCGGACUGUGGGGACCUGGGAGAUUUCAGGGCCCCCGAGUCAUCCCAGGAGAAUGGUGCCAAGGAAGAGAAUGGGGAUGAGGUGUUCCCGUCCAAGAGCAAGGCCCUGGCUUCCCCUCCCCCCGGCGAGGGGCCGGUGGGGGAGGAAGUGGGGCGGCAGCUGGGGUCUCAGGAGAAGCCUCCUCUGAGGAGGACGUCCAGCAGGACGGAGAAGCAGGAGGAGAAGGGCAGGGCCGUGGAUGAAGCCCAGCAUCCCCACAAGGCUGUGGGGGGCUCUGAAGAGGAGGCCAGCCCACAUCCAGCCACGGGGGAGGCUGUCCAACCAGCCCAAGCCUCCAACCCAGAGGCAGCAAACGGAGGUAGGAGCCCCAGAGAAGAAAAAGCCGCUGGAAAAGAGACAGCAAAGUCUGAGGAGGUGAAGGUGGAGAGAGCAGGAAAUGAAGAGGAGGAGGCCAGACAAAGGAACCAAGACCCCAAGGGGCCGGUGGACGGAGCAGUGGGGGAGGCCUCACCAAGCCCCCCUGAAGGGGUGGAGGGCCCCCGCACCCCAGAGCAGGGCAAAGGUGAGGAAGGGGCCGUUCUGGAGCCUGGCUGCAACCCCCACCAUGAGGCCCCCAAGACCGAGCCUGGCAGAGCCCUGGCCAGGGAGCAAGAUGCCCACACCCUCACAAGUGCUCUUCUUCCGAACAGGAAGCCCAAGGAGGCACUGAGGAUGUCCACCCACCACCUCUCCACGCUUUCCGUCUCCUUCUCCAUCACGGAGACACAAAAUCCUGACACCCUUAGCCCAAACCCCUGGUGUUAG